GAGAGCUUGGCCAUCGCUCAACACAGCGAGAGACUCUCUAUACAUCCGAUUCUAAGAACGACUCACUUCGGAAAUGAUCCGACUCAACAACACGCAAUAUUUCCACUUCCUGCACAGGGCGGAUGCCUUACGUCGUUCGGGUUCGUUAUGUGACGCCGUCAUCUCCGUCAACAAUCAAACUUUUAGGGCUCAUCGUUUGGUGCUGGCUUGUGCUAGCACUAAAUUAGCACAGACUUUAGACCGAGAAGAAGCGGACCGCCAGGUUCACUGUACGCUUGAGGAUCUCUCACCCAGGACCUUCCAACAGGUCUUAGACUUUGCCUACAUGCAGACUUUGGAGGUGUCAGUGGACGACCUGCAGAGGCUACUCAAAGCCGCUCAGAUGUUGGAGAUGCAGGCAUUGGAGGAAGAAUGUCAACAUCAUUUGGACAUCAAGCUUCUCAAGAUGAAUGAGGAGCGCCAAAGAUUGGGACAAAAAACAAACGGCCAUGAGGAAGUCGAUGAAAAGAAAAAGAGAAGUGAAGAAGACAAACUCCAAGUGAGCACAGAGGACCUCAAGUCAGAAUCCACUUUCAGCAGAGACAGCGUCAUCACCAGCUCGGUGUCCACCAUGAUGUCCUCUUCUCCUUGGACGUUCCCAAGACACAUGUGGAGCUCUGUGAGCACACUGAGGUGCAUCGCGGAGAACUAUUCCAACUUUAUAGCAGCUCAGCCCACAGCGGCACACAAAGUCACCCUAUCCAGCCCCCAUGUAUUACAUUCCCAGGGGCCCCGAUACCCAAAAACCGCAACCGCUCACUGCUCUGUAGGAACAAACCUGCAUGCAAGUUAUGCACGAAAUCACUACGCUGCUUUUACACGGACGGGGAGCAGCAUCAAGCAAGCAAGAAAAAAGGCCAAACGGACGGUUGACAAGACCACUGAGUUGAGCUGCCAUAAUGUUCACCGAGCUGACACUGUUCCAGACUGCAGGCACUGCCGUGAUCCACUGCAGCCGGAGUCAGCCUUCUCAUCACCAGAGGAAGCCUGUGCAAAACGUCGACACUUUGAGAAAGAUCGGCAUUCCCAAUCCAACGGACAAGACCUCAGAGGAGCAAGACCUUACCAGUGCCAACACUGUCCCAAAAAGUUUAGUCUCAAACAUCAACUGGACACACAUCAUCGAGUUCACACAGGUGAGAAGCCCUUCGAGUGUCGCCUUUGUGGCCAGCGUUCUCGUGACUUCUCAGCCAUGAUCAAGCAUCUGCGGACUCACGGUGGUGCAUCUCCUUACCAGUGCAACUUGUGCUUGGAGUUCUGCAGCAGCCGGGUCGCCAUGCAGACGCACGUCAAGAGCCACCCGUUGCAUGACUUCCCCUCGGACUGGAGCAUCAGCAGCACCUACCUGUACACAUCACAUACAAGUCAACAUUCACAUAAGGAAUAAUCCAGAUGAAUUUUAGAAAGGUUCUUACCUUUACAUGUAAUAUUAUUAAACAGCAGUUGUGGAAGUCUAUGACAUACAUAUAUAAAAAAAUAAAAAACAAUGGCCAUUUUGUUAAUAAAGGUUUUAUAACAGUUUGAGAACGCAUCAGAUACUUCCUUUAAAAUUAUUUUCUACAGGAAAAAAGUCAACCAGCCUCAUUCAACUUUGGAGGUUCAACUGUACAGUAUAUAUGCUACUGCAUUUAACAUGACUUGAAAUCACACAUUAUUCCAAAAAACCAAAACAAAAAAAAAUACGUACAUUAUGUACAUACAACAUGUGAUGAAACAUCUUUAUUUAAACAAAUAACAUUAUAAAUAAAAAAAGUGCAUAGAAAAAUUAAACCGGCUUAGAAAUACGUAUACAAAUAUUUACAAACUCAGGGUUUAU